AUGUCAUCCUCGUCUAUUACGUCUAAACGCAGCAAGUUAGAGCGUAAGAAGGCUCGACUUAAUCGAAGAAAGAUUGCAGCAGAAGCAGAACGUGAUGCAUUGGCUCGAGAAGCUGAAGCAGCGCGUGUAGCGGCCAUUAGUCGCAGUCGUUUACGUCGUCUUCCGCCUUGGCUGCCCACGCUUCCAUCGACCAAUAGCUUCGACGCUGCAGUUAUUCAAGACCUGAACGACAUUUCAAGACCAGUUGCUCUUCGUUUAGGUGAAGAAAUGAUCCGUUAUUGUGCCUAUACACAAAGAUUAGUGGAUGCUGCACGCCAAUACAUUGAUGCAGCCAUUGCGCAUAUUUCUGAGGGGGUACGCACGAUUUGGCCUCAUGCGUCUGUCAUGUGCUUUGGUUCAUACUCUACUGGUCUUUGGCUUCCGUCUAGUGACGUAGAUGUAGUGAUUAUGGGACUGUCUAAUGCUAAGGAUCGGGAUGUACCGACACGUUUUGUCCCUGAUGGAGUAAAUGAGCUUGAACAAUUAGCAAGACAACUUCGACCUCAAAAAAGCUGGGUGCAACGUGUUGAUGUGGUACGAGGAGCUAAAGUUCCUGUGGCAAAGUUGUGUCUUCGACGUGGUAGUCAGCAGGAAGGUGAGAACUCGGUGUUAUUACGGGUGGAUAUUUCGAUCGAGAAUGUGCAGACAUGCAAUGGACUGGAAGCGAGCAAGUUGGUGCGACAAUAUGUGAAUAAUCUGCCUCGACUGAAACCGUUGAUAAUGGUGUUAAGACAGAUGCUACGAGAGAAAGCACUAAAUAGUGCAUUUACUGGAGGCUUGAGCUCGUAUGCUGUUACGUUGUUGGCCGUGUUUAUGAUGAAACUUCAACGGCAUGAGGAGCUAGAGAGUGAAAAUGACGAUGAAGAUCAGAACUAUAUAUUCAGCGAGAAACAAAUGCCUGAUGAACAACAGAACGCAAGGAAACUUGGUCAAUUGCUGCUUGAUUUUCUGGAGUAUUACGGAACUUCGUUUGAUUAUUUCACGACAGGACUUUCACUCAAACCCGAAGCAUUUGGCGCAUAUCCACUUGCACCACAUUUGUCAAUCACCAAUGGCUUGCCACUCAUGCCGCAACUUGUUAUUGACGACCCAGUGUAUAAGAACGGACAGCACAACGCUGCUGCAGGAGCAUUUGCGCUUGCUCGUGUAGUGGCCGCGCUAGAGGAUGGAUAUUUUGCAUUGUGGUAUCAUCGACCCACUGUGUUCACUCCGACUCCAUUGUGUCAAUUGCUGCACUGGUCUGGCCACCUUGUAAGUUACUCUUCUGUCACGUCGUCUACGACCCAGUAG